AGAGCAUCCGAUCAAUCUGGGGACUUGUAUUCUUGCACCGACAGGAAAGGUAUCGAAGUUCGUGAGGAAAGUAUGAGAUUAAGAAUUUGAGGAGCAGGAGCAGGCUUAUGACCUAGGGAGGAUGUCUGCUCAGAAGAUCUUUAAACUCUUUGGCAGUGUUGCUCGGCAGACAGGACAGACGCUAGAUUCCAUUGGGCUGAAGAUACAGGGACAGUACGGUUAUAAGGAGGGAGUGCCAACGCACCAGACGUUGCAAGGGUACCUGGGAAAACGGCCUACUCUGGGAACAGGCGCCUUUGUUGCUCCAAACGCGUCUGUUAUUGGAGACGUGAAGUUGGGCAACAACUCCUCUGUAUGGUAUGGAGCUGUGCUCAGAGGUGACGUCAACCACAUUGUUGUGGGGAACAACACCAACAUACAGGACGGAGUGACGGUGCAUGUAGCCAGGCACAAUCCUCAGGGGAAAGUGGCACCCACCACCAUUGGAAACAACGUCACAGUAGGGCAUGGAGCUAUAAUCCACGCAGCCACUGUGGAGGACAAUGUGUUGGUGGGCAUGGGUGCCACCAUUCUGGAUGGCGUCACGGUGCAGAAAGGGUCUGUGGUGGCAGCUGGCGCAGUGGUCACGCCAGGGAAGACAGUGCCGUCAGGCGAGGUGUGGGCGGGGAACCCAGCCAAGAUGCUGCGCAAGCUGGAGGAGGAGGAGGCUGGCUUCAUAGCGCAGGCCGCCAAUGACUACGCCGCACUGGCCGCUGUGCACGCUGCCGAGAAUGGCAAAGGCAUGGAGGAAAUCCUGUUGGACAAUGCGAGGAGGGAAGACAGGGCGCGCAGGUCUCUGGACUAUGACUCGCACAUGGGCGUGGAACGAGACCCCAUCAGCAGAGAGAUCAUCAGUACAGCCAGCCACACAUAAUUCGCCUGUGCUCGGUUUGAGAGUUUGAAAGAGAAGCCUUCUGUGUUAGAAAGUGCCAAACUUGGGGUUGUGACUGUCUAGAAGAGGCCUGCCUAGGUCGGAUGUAAAGAUAGUUGCUUC